AUGCCAGAUUACGGUGUAGAAUCCAGCGGCCGGAUCGCUCCAGCAAUAGGCAUGCCCGGUAUAAAUAUCGGGGAUCCUACUUGGACCAUCGAGAUUCAUGAUCGUCCCUUUCUGAAAGCGCACAAGCAGUUACCCCGAAGACGUGAUCAAAAUCUUCACUCGGUUGACUUGCGCUCGCAUUACAAGAAAACACAAGUCCAGCUUCCAAACAGACAUCGACAUGAUCCACCCAAUCUGUUAUCUACAACGCCUCCAGAUCCUCCAGAAACCGUUUUCUUCAAGCCGUCAUCGUCGCCUGUUCCCGUGCGAGAUCCUAGUGAGCAUAGUAGAGAUGAUUUAUCCAAUGCCGAAACAACUAUUCUUCGAUCAAGAGUAGCGACUCCGACAUACCAGAAUAGCCCUCCAACGCCUGAUAUAACGCCACCGCGUGCUCGCAAUCUGUUGCGGCCCCACCCGGUCCUGGCCAAUGUGCCCUCAAUUUCCUCACGAGCAGAAUCGUUCAAAACAGCCAAGGAGGAGCUUUCUUCCGAUGAAGAGAUUGACGCUGAAUCGCCGUCGCGGAGACCAUCUCGUCAAAGAUGGCUUCAGAGUAACCAGGCACCUCGUUUGGAGGACUGGGGAGUUCGGCCAAAUGCUCCAACUCAGACACAUGAAAGCCAAUCUACACCCACAAAGGUUAUCAAGCGAAAACCCGUCCCAAAAGAAGCUUUUUUUACAUUUGAUGGAUCAUGGAAGGAAAUGGGGGACACGAAGGUCAAUGAUUCGGCAACCUCAGUCGAGCCAGCAUCUAGCACAGAUAGCAUGAUCGACAAAACACAUAAAGGCGAUUCUAUACACUCCGUCAUCUCGCCCCCUUCACCCUUGCCAACUCCACCGCGUUCGGCUGAGACUGAAGAGAAAGCGAAAACCCCUGAGCCGCCACUGCAAAGAGACAAAAGCUUAAGAGACCGACUUAAGGAGUCCAGGAUGGUCAGUCCUAGUGACUCGACAGAGGACUUUGCUCGGGACAUUGGCUGGUCACAUGUGUACAGGUCGCCUGAACUUCAAUCACGUAUCAACUCAUGGCGCUUGUCCGGUAUCUCCACGACAUCCACGGUUGAAGCCAUUGUAGUUGAUGCAGAGACGAUGCCACAACGUCAGCACCGACUUCGCCAUAGCCGUAAAAACCCAUCCCUCCGUUCUACGAGCUCACCGUUUCCUGCCUCUAACCGUAGCUCUCUGUUAUCCAACCCAGAGUCACCACACCGCCUAAUCCACAGAAAGGGCAAAAUCACCAACCAAACUCGAUGGAGCAUAGGAUCAGAAGCAUCAAAAAUGAUGCAUGGCUCGCCAGCCAUGACCGAUGCUUUAAAGCCAGAGAUCAUCCAGGUUGCAGUCAUACCUGAAAGAAAGUCGUCUCUUCAAUCGUCCGAGGACAGCAAUCGUAGGCAUUCUGCUUCCCCUUCCGCCAACCCCGUGGUGCAUCAUCCAUCAACUGCGCCAGAUCAUACGAACGCCGAACCACAUGUGCCUUUGAGGAAAAAGAGACCGAUGUCGGCAUCCUUGCCCAUAGGCGGGAGCUUUGGAAGCCGGGGAAGACAGCAGGAUUUCGCUGCUGCUGCCGUACCUCUGCGAGGGACUUCCUUGUCAGCCCCUACGAGCAGGAGCCACUCUCGUGCCAAUUCACCCACUUCAGAGCAUUUUCGACUGCGUCGGCUAGCUGCCGAAGAAGAUCUACAUCGGACACUGGAACGCAUGGAGUCGGAAAGAUCUGUUCCUCAAUACAGUGCUUCCCAUUCUGAGAAGGGGCCAAGCAACAGGGCAGGAGAGCCUGAUAAAGAACAGUGGGACGCUCUAAGAUCACCAUCUCUAUAUACCGCAUUUUCGCCGCCUUCCAUGGAGUCGUCUUCUCCAGGACCAGUCGAAAUGGGUGAGGCACGAGCGGUAAAUCUUUUCGCUCACAACAAUCAUUCCUUGCAAAUUGUCGACCAGUACCCGCAGCCAGAAUCCCGAACAUUUCUGUUCUUGCAGAAAGCUAGUGAAGAUAGACAACUGCCGACAGUGGAGCCCUCGACACCCACGCAAGCACCUUUGCCACAAUUGUUGGUCGAUUCGCCACUGCGUAAUCCUCGAGACCCUCCGCAGCCGCCCGCACUGAAGGUGAUCCCACCCACACCCCUAGACUUGACUCCGGGUGAGUAUGACGACCGACAACUUGGCCUGCCAUCAUCCAGAGCCCCCAAAAGGGCAGGGUCGCUCAGCCGUCGUUUCGGCUCCCUCACAAGACCCGUUUUGGGCAGUAGGCGUCAUUCAGGGUCGUUCGUCAAAUCUCUUAGCAGGACAUUGAGUUUGAGGGGUGCGCGCAACACGAAGGCCGAUCAACCCAUGGACGCCAAUCUGCACCCAUUCUGGAGGCCGCGAGGAUUCUGGGACGAUGUUACAGACUCCAACAGCGAUGACGAUGACUACGAACGAGACGUGAUUGUCAGCAACUCGCUCGGUGUUCCUCAGCAAAGAACCAUCAUUGAUGGGCCGAUAUCCCUUGUCAGGCAUCUGUCAGACAGAUCUAGAAGACAGCGUCAAACUGGGGCCGUCACCAAAAGAUCCAGCCAUGGCAGUCUGUCGAGAACACGAAUCGGCAAAAGAGUGUACAAGAUUCCCGGUUUGGGUCGCUAUUUUCCUCUUAGGACGCUAGGCGACAUGCACGGUCGACUACAGCUAUCGAAACGACAGAAAGAGGACGAAAAGAGAGAGAGGACCAGGCAGGCGCUGAGGGAGAAGAUUGGCCCUCAGAUUGUCUCGACGGGAGAUUCACGCUACCCAGCGUGGAUGCCCCCAGUGCAAGACACCACCAAUUGA